UCCUCUGCCGCUGGGUCGCUGACGAUGCCGAGCGGAGCAGGGCGCCUCUACGUUUCUGUGUGCGGCUACAACCGCAGUUGCGAAGACUGAAGUCGGAUGAGACGGGAGAGGGGCUUGAAAAACGACGAUGGAUGGUCCGAGCUGUUUCUCAUCGCCCGGACAGCUUUAACAUCAGGGGAAACGCGUGGAUUUAUUAAAGGGUCAACGUUUAAGGCUUCACUUUGUUGACAUACAGUGUGCGGCAGAAUGAUCGAGGAAGGCAGUAAACGAGGCAAGGCCAUGGUGGAGAAGAGACAGCUCUUCAUGGAAAUGAGAGCUCAAAACUUUGAUGUCAUCAGACUGUCAACUUAUAGGACUGCCUGCAAACUUCGGUUUGUGCAGAAGAGAUGUAACCUUCAUCUGGUGGAUGUCUGGAACAUGAUCGAAGCCUUUCGUGACAACGGGCUCAACACAUUGGACCACAAUGCUGAAAUCAAUGUGUCACGACUGGAGACUAUUCUGUCUUCCAUUUACUACCAGCUCAACAAGCGGCUGCCCACCACCCACCAGAUCAAUGUGGAACAGUCCAUUGGGCUCCUGCUCAACUUCAUGGUGGCCACAUAUGAUAGUGAAAGCCAUGGGAAGUUGACAGUUUUCUCAAUGAAAGCCAUGCUGGCAACAAUGUGUGGAGGGAAGAUUGUUGACAAACUACGCUAUAUUUUCUCGCAGAUCUCCGACUCCAGUGGCGUCAUGGUGUUUGCAAAGUUUGAUCAGUUCCUUCGGGAGGUGCUGAAACUCCCCACAGCCGUGUUCGAGGGCCCAUCAUUCGGCUACACGGAGCACUCAGUGCGGACGUGCUUCCCUCAGCAGAAGAAGAUCAUGCUGAACACAUUUUUGGAUGUGUUGAUGGCAGAUCCUCCCCCGCAGUGUCUUGUGUGGCUGCCGCUCAUGCACCGACUUGCUAAUGUUGAAAAUGUCUUCCAUCCGGUGGAAUGUUCUUAUUGCCGGAGUGAGAGCAUGAUGGGUUUCCGGUAUCGGUGCCAACAGUGCCAUGGCUACCAGCUCUGUCAAAGCUGCUUCUGGCGUGGCCAUGCUAAUGGUCCCCAUAGCAACCAGCACCAGAUGAAGGAGCACUCGUCUUGGAAGUCUCCGGCUAAAAAGCUGAGCCAUGCCAUCAGUAAAUCGCUAGGCUGCGUCCCCAUCGGAGAGCCGCCACAUCCCGUAUUCCCCGAGCAGGCCGAGAGACCACAGGAGCUCACCCACACUGUUCAGCCGAAACCAGCGGCCAACAACAUGAACGACACAAUGCUCAUGUCCUCUGGGGCACCUACUCCAACUAAAAGUGUCUUGGAGAGUCCCAGCCGGCUAGAUGAAGAGCACCGCCUCAUCGCUCGAUACGCUGCCCGCCUGGCAGCUGAGGCGGGCAACUCCACACAACAAUGUCCUCCAACAGAUCUCAGUUUCAACUUUGAUGCCAAUAAGCAGCAGAGGCAGCUGAUUGCAGAGCUGGAGAACAAAAACAGAGAGAUCCUGCAGGAAAUCCAGAGGCUGCGUUUGGAGCAUGAACAGGCCUCUCAGCCGACACCAGAAAAAGCCCAGCAGAACCCCACACUCCUGACCGAACUACGACUCCUCAGACACAGGAAGGAUGAGCUGGAGAGGCGCAUGUCAGCCUUGCAAGAGAGCAGGCGGGAGUUGAUGGUGCAGCUGGAGGGUCUCAUGAGGCUGCUAAAGGAUGAGGAGCAGAAGCAGGCUUCACAGUCUGGAGGCUCCCCUCACUCUUCUCCCAGCCACGGUGCGGGCUGCUCAAUGCCUAUGCCCAUACGUUCCACCUCGGCUGGGUCCACCCCAACUCACACACCACAGGACUGCCUGGCAGGUGUGGGAGGGGAUGUGCUGGAGGCCUUUGCUCAGGGUGUGCCUAGAAAUCUUCGGAAUGAUCUUUUAGUUGCUGCUGACUCAAUCACAAACACCAUGUCGUCACUGGUGAAAGAGCUUCACUCAGUGGACGAUGCCGCAGAGGAUGAGGAGACCAACAUGAGGAAUGGUGGAGACAGAGGCACAGUGAGAUUACAGAAGCACUGAGGGAAAGAGAACACCAUCCCAUCCUGUAAGGACAUACAGUCAUUAACUGGGAAGAAUCAGCAACAAUAACAACAAGAACCCCCCUGGCAUUAGCACGUAGAGUAAUGCAUGCUGUAAUCUAACAGGAUUUCACUAUGUGAAAAAAAAAAGUUUCUUCGCACCUUGCUGGUAGCAAGAUGUGUAUAAUUAGCAAGUAUGUAUGUUGUCCUGUAAACAAAAACUGCUGUAAUUACCCAAUGAUUUCCCUCAUGACUGCUAAGGAAUGGCUUGCUGUGCUUUCUCUCCCAACUGUUCCACCGCAGCAGAUCAUCUGUAUAUAAGAUUCUGUACACACAUGACCUUGGGAAUGCCCCGACAUGAAGGCGACCUGCUGUCACCACAUGUUCCCUGUCAUUGCUUUUUGUAUGAUUAGCACUAGCAUUUCUUUUUUUUCUGUUUUGAUAUUUUUUGCAUGACGUUGCACUCGUGUCUUGAUAAAGGUACUGUACCACACUAUGCCAGCUCUUUGUGGGUUUAUGAUGACAGCUGGAGUGUCAGAAGUGUCCUGCCUCAGAAUUCAUGCUGAGUGUGUUUACCUGCACAUCUGUAUUCUGCCACUCUAGUCUCCAAUAGCAAAGACGCUCUAUGCUCUGGUCACAGCCUGGAGAAAAGCUUCAUAUUAAGGAAUAUUUCAUUUCCUUUCUCGUAGUGCUAUGAAAGGAUUAAGCUGGGACAAAAUUAGAUUAAUCUAGUAUAAAAGCCGGAGGAGGGUUAGCUGGUCUGUCAGAAGCCAUUGGCCUGGCAAUCAAGAAUCACAAAAACAAAAUACUAGCUAACUUAGCUGGGAAAAAUAAAAUAAAAUCACUAGAUUUGGUUGUUUUUUCUAUUUUUCUUUCAACGAAUAUUUAAAAGCAAGCAAAACCAAGUUAGCUGUUGAGCACCCGCUUCUAGCCAAGAAUACUGGCUUAAGCCUGACUCACACAGGUCACAGGAAACCAGUCAACGAGCCCCUGGUUGCUAGUUGAAACUAGUUGCACAUAAGGUGAUGCAUAAAAAACCUUUAUAUGGCUACCUGUAGUUUGCAAUGGAGAUGGUAAUUUGUCUGCAAGCAACAGUGAUGCUGUGAAAAGUGUGAGAAAAAAAAAAUAUCAAAGUUUCCUUAUCGUCUGCAACUAACACAUU